AUGAUUCAGUGUCUUGGCAAUUCCUUCGUGGGGAAGAACAAGGUUCCAAUGAAUAUCCUCCAAUUUGAUGACGACACUAUUUUUUUUGGGGAAGGUUCAAUGGAUAAUGUUAAUGCUGUGAAGGCCAUUCUUAGAAGCUAUGAGAUGGUUUCUGGCCUGAGAAUCAAUUUUGCUAAGAGCCAAUUUGGAGCAAUUGGGCAAUCUGAGGAGUGGUGUUGUAUUGCUGCUGAUUUCUUAAACUGUGCCAUGCUUCAUUUUCCCUUAUGUUACCUGGGGUUGCCAAUAGGUAUCUAUCCGAGAAGGAAGGUGGUGUGGGAGCCUAUAAUUAGGAAAUUGGAGCCUAGGUUGAACAAAUCGAACCACAGAAGCAUCUCUAUGGCUGGCAAAAUCACCCUAAUUAAUGUUGUCUUAACAGCAUUGCCCUUGUUCUAUCUGUCUUUUUUCAGGGCCCCCUCAGCAAUGAUUAAUAGACUAACUGCCAUUCAAAGAAACUUUCUUUGGGGUGGCAACUUAGAAGGGAAGAAGAUCGCUUGGGUAGCUUGGAGUCAACAAACUGAUCAACUUUGGAGCCGGAUUCUGAUUUCGAAGUACAAAGGUUGGAGAGACUUGGAAAAGGGGCCACCAAAGCCACAUUUCUCUCAUUGGUGGUAUGACUUGAGAUCCAUUAAUCAACAUCGAAGUAUGGCUGAGGUUUCUAAGCAGUUUAUUUGGAAGUUGGGAAGAGGAGAUCAAAUUUUGUUGUGGGAGGACUCUUGGGUUGAUGGUGGGAUAACUCUUAAAGAAAAAUAUCUAGAAUUAUAUCGAAUUUCCUUACAAAGACUUCAGACAGUAGCAGAUUUGGGUUCUUUCUGUGAAUCUGGGUGGGGAUGGAAGUUCUCUUGGAGGCAAAAUUUGUUUGAUAAUGAGAUGGGGAUAGCUUCAACUUUUAUUGAUUAG